UAAUUAAUGACUCUGAUCAGAUCCAAACAUUUGCUAUUACGACUUUCCCCCAAUUUCCAUUCCCAUUCCCAUUUCUCCCUCAAAAUUCACAUUUUAAUCACAAAAUCAGUACUAAAAAUCUAUUGAUAUAUUAUACAUAUAGAUAUCUGUAUAUACAGUUCUAUCUGUAUAUAUUUCAAUUUGUGUGUGUGUGUGUGAGAGAGAGAGAGAGAGAGAGAGAGAGAGCGCGGUAGAAAAGAGCAAUGGGAGGAGUUCCUUCGACACCGCGGUGGGGCGGUGCGGCGGAGAUGAGACCGGCGGAAACGGCGGAGUACCUGAUUGGAGCAUUGGUUGGAGAGAAGUCGUAUCCGCUUGCCUCUGAUUACUGGCAGAAGCUUCUUGAGUCUCCUCUCCAUCUCCGUUGGCCUGCUCAUCGUGUUCUUCAAGCUUCUCAACUCUUCGCUCAGAACAACUGUAAAACAAGACACCUUGCCAAGAUUUUAGUCCACCUAGCAUGGUGUUUGCAAGAAUGUGUGUCUGCUUCUGGUGUGCCCUCAGCAACUCUUGUUAGAGCUCUUAAUGCAUUAUACAUCUCCUCUGUGUUCCUGAAGUACUUCAUUGAGAAUGCCAAAAGUGACCACUUUGAAGAAUUGCACCUAUCUCUAGAUGAAAAUGAGGCCAAACCAACUAGCUUCUCAAAAGAUCAAACUAUUGAACAGCUGGUCAUGCAUAGUGUGCUUAGUUUUCUAGGAAAAGUAGAUGUAAGCACCAAUACAUAUCUUCUACACCAUGAACUUCUUAACUUCAUGCUCAUUGCAAUGUCAACCCAACUUCUUAGUGGACCUUCACCAGGUCCAGAUGACAGCCACCCUUUUAUUGAUGCUAUGAUGGUUCAGGAAAGCUCUUUGGUGAGUUUGGUAGUCUCUAAGCUACUUCUAAAUUACAUCAGACGACCUAACUUCCCCAUUGAUAGUUCAUCUUACAGCAUAUUCUCAGAAGUAAAUCAGACUGGUGUGCUACAGAGAGUUGGCUCUGCAGCUGCAAAUUUUGUGCUAUUGCCGUUUAAUCUCUUUGUUGGUUCAACUGGAGAAGCUACAAGAAGUCCUUUGGCAGAGAAUAGUCUUAAUGUUCUACUUAUCCUUAUCCAUUAUCGGAAAUGUAUUGAAACGGAUUAUGUGAAAGAUAGAGGUGAUCACAGCUCAGAACCUCUCCCAAAGGAAGACGCAGGCUUUUCUGAAAACCCUUACUGCAAGGCCUUAGAAAAUGCUCAGGAUAUUGAAUUUGAUCGCCUGGACGUUGAGGGGAAUGUUCAAAAUGGUCCUCUUGUGAGAUUGCCUUUUGCUUCUCUCUUUGAUACUCUUGGCCUGUAUUUGGCUGAUGAAAGAUCUAUCCUCCUACUUUACUCAAUGGUGCAAGGGAACUCAGCUUUUCUAGAAUAUGUUUUGGUGCGAACAGACCUCGAUACCUUGUUGAUGCCCAUGCUGGAAACGCUUUAUAAUGCAUCAAGGAGGACAUCAAAUCAAAUUUACAUGGUGCUGAUCAUCCUUCUUAUACUUAGUCAGGAUUCCUCUUUCAAUGCCAGUAUUCAUAAACUGAUGCUGCCUAAUGUUCCGUGGUAUCAAGAACGGCUCCUCCAUCAAACAUCUCUUGGUUCUCUUAUGGUCAUAAUCCUCAUCAGGACUGUGAAAUACAACUUAUCUAAGCUCCGGGAUGUUUAUCUCCACACAAAUUGUCUUGCAACUCUGGCAAAUAUGGCACCCCAUGUUCAUCGGCUGAGUGCUUAUGCAUCACAGCGGUUGGUCAGCCUGUUUGAUAUGCUUGCACGAAAGUACAAUAAAUUAGCAGAAAUGUCGAAUAACAAGAUGCAUAUGCCUAAUGGUGAAUCAAGAGAAGAAGACAACCUUCCAGAAGAUACGACUGCAGAACUACAUAUUUAUACUGACUUCUUAAGAAUUGUUCUGGAAAUAUUGAAUGCAAUCCUGACGUACACUCUGCCGCGGAAUCCUGAGGUUGUUUAUGCAAUCAUGCACAGGCAGGAGGUCUUUCAACCUUUCAGGAAUCAUCCCCGUUUUAACGAGCUGCUUGAAAACAUAUUCACGGUUUUGGACUUCUUCAAUAGUCGAAUGGAUGCUCAAAAAAUGGAUGGUGAAUGGUCAGUGGAGAAAGUACUUCAGGUUAUAGUCAUCAAUUGCCGAUCCUGGAGGGGUGAAGGCAUGAAGAUGUUUACACAGUUACGUUUUACAUAUGAACAAGAGAGUCAUCCUGAAGAGUUCUUCAUUCCAUAUGUGUGGCAGCUAGUUUUGUCCUGCAGCAGUUUCAGUUUUAAUCCCAACAGCAUAAAUUUGUUUCCAGUUGACCUGCCACUGGAAAAACAGGAUAGCUUUGUGGGAGAGGACGGUCAAAAGCUUCAAAGCGGUGGGCUUAAUGGUCUUGAACAGCAGGUGGACGUAUUAGUCUGAUAGAUCUAUCCAUCGUUAGAAAACCAUGUUUGUGUAAAUAGAUACAGGCGAUAUGGUAAAUGUAUUCUUGUCAUUCUUUUUUGUUUAUAUAACCGAAGAGUGUAGAAAGCCUUCCCUUGAUGGGCAAGUUCUCUUGCCUCUGAGCCAUCACCAUUGUAAUGAAUAAGAGUUGCGGCUCAAAUUUGGUUGCAUAAUAUAGUGACAACGCUCUUUUCUCAGUU